UCCCCGCGUUAAGCAUUCAGUAUUCCACAGGUUGUCCGUUAUUUCGGGUGCAUUUUCCCCCUAGAAUAGAUUCUCAAACACUUUCGGUCGCCCCAGAAACCCCGAUGAUGUCUCAAAGCCAGUGAAACUCUCUCCUAGAUUCAAAUUUCCUCGAAACAUCUCAUUAAAUCCCAUUAUUAAAUUAGUCGGUAUGCAUUAUCUUCUAUUAUUUAUGGUCGCCAUUGUUCUUCCCUCGUCUAGAGCGGGGGAUCCGGAGCUGGGGAAUAUCAUCUUCGCUAAUAUCCUCUUCAGACAUGGGGAUCGGACCCCUCUGGAUCCUUUCCCGACUGAUCCCUGGAGGAAUGAGUCACUCUGGCCCGUGCCGUUCGGACAACUGACUAAUCUGGGAAGACACCAGCACCUGGAGCUCGGCAGGUGGUUCAGGGCGAGAUACGACCACAUAUUACCCAGGAAAUACUCCCUGUACGAUAUCUACGUGCGCAGCACAGAUGUGGAUCGCACGUUGAUGUCGGCAGAGGCGAACCUUGCUGGGCUGUACCCACCAGUGGGUGAUCAGGUUUGGGACGAGCUCAAGUGGAUGCCAAUACCCGUUCACACAACACCGGAGAAGGAGGAUAACGUCGUCUCCGGGAAGAAGUACUGCGCUAGGUACAAUUACGAGUUGAAUCGAGUUCUCAACUCCCCGAAAAUGCAAAAACUCAUAAAAGAUCAUCAGCAGCUGUUCGAUUUCCUCACAAAGAAAGCGGGGAAGAGGAUUGAUGAUCUGGAGCAGCUGAAUUACUUGUACGAUAAUUUAUUUAUUGAGAGUCUUUAUAACAGAACUCUACCAGAAUGGACCAAAUCUGUUUAUCCGGAUAAACUGCAACCGCUUGCGGCUCUGAGUUUUCAAACUCAGGCGAAUAAUAAAAUUUUGCAGAGACUCAGAAUGGGAUUGUUAGUGAAAGAAAUGGUGGAUCACAUGAUCGAGAAAUCAAAAAAAGCUCUCGUACCUGACAGAAAAUUGUUCAUGUACUCAGCUCAUGACGAAACUGUUGCGAAUCUCCUGAUGACUCUUGGGCUCUUCGAGCCCCAUUGUCCGCCCUAUACAGCAACAAUUCUCAUAGAACUGAGACUGAACUCGAGGAAACAGCACGUUGUAACGAUCUCGUACAAGAAUUCAACAGCAGAACCGAUUCUGCUGACCCUCCCAGGCUGCAUCCCAGCCUGUCCUCUCUCCCAAUUCGUGAAAUUGACCAAAGAUAUAAUACCAGAGGACUGGGAUAAAGAGUGCUUAAUCACGUGGGAUACUUAUGGCGUGGAUUUCAGUAUUUCGACCAUUUUAGGUAUCAUGAUGUUCGCCAUUCUCCUUCUGAUCUUCGUCGUACUCCUCAUCAUCUCGUUUGUCUUUUGGCAUUACAAACGAGUCCAUUGUCAGUAUUACACCCGUCUCUCCACGGAUCCAAUUUAAUCUUAAUCCACCCCAAAUUCAAUCGACCUGAAGCAAUGAUCAGGACUCGUCACACGAAGAUGACAAAAUUGUUUUCAAUCUAUUUUUGCAUACGUUUAUAUGCUACCAAGGGGCCCAAGGACGUAUCUACCUCAUCAAGAAUGUCGAGAGUAGAUUUUUCCUUUUACUUUUCAUAAUAUUCUAGCGAAUAUCUCGACAUGCACGUGAUAAUUAUUGAGAUUUAUCGAAUCAAAGGCCAACAACUAUAGAAAUAUCAUUAUAAAACAAUGAAAACUCUAUUUUUGACGUAAUUUAUUGGAAAUUUACGCAUAACGUGGAGUAUUACUCCGAAUAUACUUUUAAAAGAAUAAGUCAAAUGGAUCUGCCGAUCGAAAAGCACGGAAAUUCAUUUAAAAACACCUCUUGGAUGUAUUUAUGCGUAACGCAUUCAGAGAUAUUUUCGUUGUUAAAUGAAUGUUGAAGCAUAAUUCAGUGUGAUAAUAAAAUACUAUGAGUAACAGAAUA